GGCCGUUCUCGCUGCGGCUGGGGCUGGGGGCGGCGGCGGCGGCGACGCGGGCGGCGGGCGGCGCGGGGCGGUCCGGCGGGUUCAAAGAGGAAAACAUGGCGGAAAACAAAGGCGGCGGCGAGGCUGAGAGCGGCGGCGGGGGCAGCGGCAGCGCGCCGGUAACUGCCGGGGCCGCCGGGCCCGCGGCGCAGGAGGCGGAGCCGCCUCUCGCCGCGGUGCUGGUGGAGGAGGAGGAGGAGGAAGGCAGCAGGGCCGGCGCGGAGGGCGGCGCGGCCGGGCCCGACGACGGGGGGGUGGCCGCGGCCUCCUCGGGCUCGGCUCAGGCUGCCUCGGCUCCUGCAGCCUCAGUGGGCUCUGGAGCUCCCGGGGGGACCGUAUCGACGCCGGCCCCAGCUCCAGCCUCAGCCCCUGCUCCGGGUCCCUCGGCGGGGCCGCCUCUUGGACCGCCAGCCUCGCUUCUGGACACCUGCGCCGUGUGUCAGCAGAGCCUGCAGAGCCGGCGUGAGGCGGAGCCCAAGCUGCUGCCCUGUCUUCACUCCUUCUGCCUGCGCUGCCUGCCGGAGCCGGAGCGCCAGCUCAGCGUGCCCAUCCCGGGGGGCAGCAACGGCGACAUCCAGCAAGUUGGUGUAAUACGGUGCCCAGUAUGUCGCCAAGAAUGCAGACAGAUAGACCUUGUGGAUAAUUACUUUGUGAAAGACACAUCUGAAGCCCCUAGCAGUUCUGAUGAGAAAUCAGAACAGGUAUGUACUAGUUGUGAAGACAAUGCAAGUGCUGUUGGCUUUUGUGUAGAAUGUGGAGAGUGGCUCUGUAAAACCUGUAUUGAAGCACAUCAAAGAGUAAAGUUCACUAAAGAUCACUUGAUCAGGAAGAAAGAAGAUGUCUCAGAAUCUGUUGGGACAUCUGGUCAGCGCCCUGUUUUCUGUCCUGUACACAAACAAGAGCAGUUGAAACUUUUCUGUGAAACAUGUGACAGACUGACCUGUAGAGACUGUCAGCUACUGGAGCACAAAGAACAUAGGUAUCAGUUUUUGGAAGAAGCUUUUCAAAAUCAGAAAGGUGCAAUUGAGAAUCUACUGGCUAAGCUUCUUGAGAAGAAGAAUUAUGUUCAUUUUGCAGCUACUCAGGUGCAAAAUAGGAUAAAAGAAGUAAAUGAGACUAACAAACGAGUAGAACAGGAAAUUAAAGUGGCCAUUUUCACCCUUAUCAAUGAAAUUAAUAAGAAAGGAAAAUCUCUCUUACAGCAGCUAGAGAAUGUUACAAAAGAAAGACAGAUGAAGUUACUACAGCAGCAGAAUGACAUCACGGGCCUAUCCCGGCAGGUGAAGCACGUUAUGAACUUUACAAAUUGGGCAAUUGCUAGUGGCAGCAGCACAGCACUGUUGUACAGCAAGAGACUGAUCACUUUCCAGUUGCGUCAUAUUUUGAAAGCACGAUGUGAUCCUGUCCCUGCUGCUAAUGGAGCAAUACGUUUCCAUUGUGAUCCCACCUUCUGGGCAAAGAAUGUAGUUAAUUUAGGUAAUCUUGUAAUAGAGAGUAAACCAGCUCCUGGUUAUACUCCUAAUGUUGUUGUUGGGCAAGUUCCUCCAGGGACAAACCACAUUAGUAAAACUCCCGGACAGAUUAAUUUAGCACAGCUUCGACUUCAGCACAUGCAACAGCAAGUGUAUGCACAGAAACAUCAGCAGUUGCAACAGAUGAGGAUGCAACAGCCACCAGCACCUGUACCGACUACAACAACAACAACACAACAGCAUCCUAGACAAGCAGCCCCUCAGAUGUUACAACAACAGCCUCCAAGAUUGAUCAGUGUGCAAACAAUGCAAAGAGGCAACAUGAAUUGUGGAGCUUUUCAAGCCCAUCAAAUGCGACUGGCUCAGAAUGCUGCUAGAAUACCAGGAAUACCCAGGCACAGCGGCCCUCAGUAUUCCAUGAUGCAGCCACACCUCCAAAGACAACACUCAAACCCAGGACAUGCUGGACCCUUUCCUGUUGUAUCGGUACACAACACCACAAUCAACCCUACAAGCCCUACUACAGCAACUAUGGCAAAUGCAAACCGAGGUCCUACCAGCCCGUCUGUUACAGCAAUAGAGCUUAUCCCCUCAGUUACCAAUCCAGAAAACCUUCCAUCACUGCCAGAUAUUCCACCCAUACAGCUGGAAGAUGCUGGCUCAAGUAGUUUAGAUAAUCUACUAAGUAGAUACAUCUCAGGCAGUCACCUACCCCCACAGCCGACAAGCACCAUGAAUCCCUCCCCAGGACCCUCUGCUCUUUCUCCAGGAUCAUCAGGUUUAUCCAAUUCUCACACACCUGUGAGACCUCCUAGUACCUCUAGUACUGGCAGUAGAGGCAGCUGUGGGUCAUCAGGAAGAACUGCUGAGAAGACAAGUCUUAGUUUCAAAUCUGAUCAAGUGAAGGUCAAGCAAGAACCUGGGACUGAAGAUGAAAUAUGUAGCUUUUCAGGAACUGUAAAACAAGAAAAGACAGAGGAUGGCAGGAGGAGUGCCUGCAUGUUGAGCAGUCCUGAGAGUAGUUUGACACCACCUCUCUCAACCAACCUGCACCUAGAGAGUGAGUUGGAUACAUUAACAAGCCUGGAAAAUCAUGUGAAAACCGAACCUACAGAUAUGAAUGAAAGCUGCAAACAGUCAGGGCUCAGCAGCCUGGUUAAUGGAAAGUCCCCUAUUAGAAGCCUCAUGCACAGGUCGGCAAGGAUUGGAGGAGACGGCAAUAGCAAAGAUGAUGACCCAAAUGAAGACUGGUGUGCUGUCUGCCAAAAUGGAGGGGAUCUCCUAUGCUGUGAAAAAUGUCCAAAGGUCUUUCAUCUAACUUGUCAUGUUCCGACCCUUCUUAGCUUCCCAAGUGGGGACUGGAUAUGCACAUUUUGCAGAGAUAUUGGGAAGCCAGAAGUUGAAUAUGAUUGUGACAAUUUGCAACAUAGUAAAAAGGGGAAAACUGCACAGGGUUUAAGCCCCGUGGACCAAAGGAAAUGUGAACGUCUUCUGCUUUACCUCUACUGCCAUGAACUAAGUAUUGAAUUCCAGGAGCCUGUUCCUGUUUCGAUACCGAACUACUAUAAAAUUAUAAAGAAACCAAUGGAUUUAUCCACAGUGAAAAAGAAGCUUCAGAAAAAACAUUCCCAACACUACCAAAUCCCAGAUGACUUUGUGGCUGAUGUCCGAUUGAUCUUCAAGAACUGUGAAAGGUUUAAUGAAAUGAUGAAAGUUGUUCAAGUUUAUGCAGACACACAAGAGAUUAAUUUGAAGGCUGAUUCAGAAGUAGCUCAGGCAGGGAAAGCAGUUGCAUUGUACUUUGAAGAUAAACUCACAGAGAUCUACUCAGACAGGACCUUCGCACCUUUGCCAGAGUUUGAGCAGGAAGAGGAUGACGGUGAGGUAACUGAGGACUCUGAUGAAGACUUUAUACAGCCCCGCAGAAAACGCCUAAAGUCAGAUGAAAGACCAGUACAUAUAAAGUAAAUGACGUGGACUUAAAUCAGUUGUUUAAAAAGGAAGAAGAGGAAGAAACCAGAAAACUUUUAAGAGUUGCUGGAAUAUCCUGCCUGCAUGGGCACCACCUGAAGAAGCUGAUAGCUUCCACACAGUGUUAGAUUGAAAUGAUGGCCAGAAAAUACUUCUUGUUGAGAAAGGGGGAGAGAACUUUAUAUGCAACUAUAAAAAGCAAAAAUAAAAUGAUACAAGGAGUUCUGUUACUAACAAGGAUGAUUCCUCUGGUGUUAGAAAUGGCAGAUGUUGACGAUCAUGCAAUAUUGACUGGUGCAGGAUACUGAUGUACAAGUAAAUACUUGAGACUUACGUUGCUUGAUAAAUUGUGUCUUUGGACUAGAGUGCACACUUACUAAAACAACUUUUAUGCCUCCCCCUUCACACACAUAAAUACUGGGUUGUUUUCUAGGUAAAAGUCAAAAUAGCUCAGAUUCCACCUUAAUCUCAGUGCAGAUGUGCAUUAAAUCAUGCCAUAUACUUUUUCUCAUUUUGAUACUAUUGGGCCUUCGUUUUUAAAUUGGCUUAAGAAAAUCAAGUAAUUUUAAUUUUAAUCAUACUUUGCAUAUAAGAAACAUGACCAUUGAACAUCAUUUAAUCAAAUUCAAUGGUAUAAUGAAAUUAAAAUGGUAACUUUUAGUAGUGGAUCAUAUAGAAUUAUAGUAUUCAUUUCCAGAAAACACUUCCACACGAUUACACUUCCCAAUCAGAUCAUCUGAUCAUAUAGUUAUUCCCAUGAAAGGCAGAAUGUUUGUUUCAAAAAUAAUCUAGUUUUCUGUACAUUUAAAUUUGAUUGAGAAGGUGACAACUGGCUCUUAUCCAGUCUUCCUUCAUAUCAGUUUUCUGAUAGACCACUAUUGGCAAACAGUAAUCUGUCAACUACCAAAUGUGUAAAAUUUUCUGUAUUUCACUUUGUCUUAUUUGUAAAUAGUGAACUAAAACUUCUGGCAGAUCAGCAACAUUUGCUGAGCCUGUUUUUUAAGCUAAUGUGUAUUCUUACUAAUGUUCCUAUCAAGAAUGGAUUUGUAAUAUAUGCUGUCUAUUUCUAAUGUUCACAUUCAUAUUUUGAGGUUCUAUCUUAUUUUAAUAGAGAACAGACUUCUCAAAAAAUCUUCAGAAGCAGCUUAUUAUUGAAAUAUCAAAAUAUUAAGAUAAACCCGGUGGGGUUAGAUUACUCAUCUGUCCACCAAGUGGGACAUUUGCAUGGACUGGGGGCUUAAAAGACUUAGAAGAGGCCUGUAAGUAAAUUCUGAAAAUGAGCCAAUCCCCACUUGAAUGGUUACUGGAGUAAACCCACCUGUACUACCCUGGCUACAGCACCUGAGGCAGAUAAACCAACUUGGCUCUGGUUCAUUUUUCUUCUCUUCAUUUGUAUGCUCAGAUUCAAGAUGUGUGUUCUAGACUGUGUACAGGCUUUUUUUGUUGUUGGAUAAAAAAUUUUAGUCCUACUUUUGUAUGGACAUAUUAGAAUAUAAAGUGACCAAAAUAGAAUUUGCCAUUAGAUAUUUUUCAGAUGUCGGCAGAUUUGUGGCAAGUUAAUUUGCCUUUUUAAAAAAAAAAUCAGCUUGAGCAAUUCAAACAGUAGACUACUCAGAAAAUUAUUUGACGUAAUUGUCUAAGAGGUAAAUAUUUUUAGUGCAUAUUGAAUCAAAUAAAGUUCUCUAAAGGCAUUAUUACACAGAUUCUUUUGGAUUGUUUUUCUUUGUUAACAAGUGGUGUGGGUAAACAAGAAUACAAUUCCAGGCCUUCUGAUGGUGUGUUUAAAUGAUAUGGAUUUUGUUACUGCUGUUGACUUAACUUUAUAUCCCCUGGCUUCCUUUUAGCUUCUGUUUGUUUUGUUAUAAGUUAAACUUUAAAAUAAAUUUACCAAACUGGUUUUAUUUUACUCAAACUUCAGAUCCUCAAGAGGAGUUUUUUUAUAAGAGGGAGGACAUCGUUUAAAAAUUCUUUUAUCUAUGCCUAUUUUCCACCACAUCCCAGAUUGCAGUGUCUAAGUAGACGGAUGUGCAGGGCCACAGUUUGGAAAAGAAGAUGUAUUUAACUUUCUGUCAAGGCUCUGAGUUCUGAUAUUUUGUAUUUACUCUUCAAAACUCUUAGAUAGUAAGUCAUAAAUAGAUUCUCCCAGAUUGCAGGAGAAACAGAUUUAAUAUUUGUCAGUGUUUGAGGCCUUACAAAAUAAUGUGUCCCCUUAACAUUUUUAUAUUAGACGGAGUUCUUGGGUUUUGUUAAUUUUGUUUGAGUUAAGAUUGGUUGAAUUAAUUUAAAAGUGUUUUUAUUAUCAGCAUUUACUUGGCUUCAUUUCUGAAACAAGGUAUUUCAUACUGCUGAGGAAUUACUUUUAAUAACUAUCAACAAACCACCAUUAAGUGAAGGGAUUCAUUUUCAUUAAAGCUUUUUUUUUUUUUUGCACACUGAUUAUUGUGCUGCUAAGCUAUUUGUUCAGCUGUGACAUAACUGCUUAAAAAGUAUAAAAACUUAAAUUGACAUUCAGAUAUGUGUUUUCCUAUUAAUUGAUGUUUUUUAAAAAGAAGUUGAGUAUCUCUCAAUCUCUGAAGGCAGGUUGUUUUUAAACUCCAUUUCUUUCAUAUUCCUGGAUGUGUUUUUUCACACUUGGGGCAGCUUAUUCAUUGAAUGAAGGAAUUGCUUUGCAAAGUGAAACAUGGGAAAAUUCCCAAAUAUGAUUAGAUUGCAGUCCAUGAUGUAUUUGAAGACACCACCCCAAUGCUGCUAAGGUGUGGAGCCCAGUGUCAGCAUUCAUUCUUUUGGUAUUUAGAUUCCUCAAAUAAGAGAAGCUUAGGUAAUUUUAAAAAUCACUUAAGUUUACGACUUUUUAUUGUAACAGUUUUGAGAUUUCUUUUUUAGUUAAUCCAAAGAAAUAAUGCUUGCAAAGUGUGCAAAUUGUAGAUUUAUCAGUUACCUCAGCAGGCACCCCACCACGUAAUUAUUAGUGAUUGAUGUUUAUAAAAAGAUUCAGGACUUCCAACUGUGCCCUUGGAUUGUGGCCCUACCUUGUGUUCGUAAGUGGUCUCUUUCUGAAAGGGAGUAGCUGCUGUGGCCCCCUCCCUAGUGGCCUUUACAUCCUGUACCCAUCCCUAUUGCAUAUAACACAUGAAGUAUGAAAAUCUCAUUUCUUGUCAAUCAGCACUGUUUAUUUGCAUACUAUGCAUUGGAUCUGUGAGUAGUUGUACAAAAAUCUGCCCACCCCACUCUCUUAGUUAAAAUGAUCAAGUUCUUAAUUCAUCCCAUGAAAUUUUCAUUUAUAUACUAUAUUAUCUGCUCAAGAUGAUUCAAGAUUUUUCAAGGCAUAUUAAAGUUUGAUCUUAUACCAGACCUGGAUGUUUCCUUUAAUUUUUUUCUCAUGGUUAUCUCCUCCUUGAUAAAGCAAUAACACUGCUUUAAGUCUGUUGCCUAAUAGCAUGUCAUAAUCCUCUCCUGGAUGGUGAUUUUAUAGGAAAGUUUGUAUGCAUAUCACCUAGUCUCUUUUAAAAAUUAAGAAAUUUAAAUGUAUGCUGGAGGUAAUGACAAUAUAUGUGGCAUUUUAUUUUAAAAAUUGGGGAAAGUUGAAUAUUUUUUUAAAAGUAGGUGUUUGAGUAAAAAAAAUUGAAGGUACUUUUUUAACAAAAAAAAUUUAUAUGCCACAAUUUAUGUAAACAUUUCAGAUUUCAACAUGUACACUUGGGUAUAAUGAUUUCUUUUAUGGUCAAAAUGCAUGUCGUGGUCAAAAUGCAUUUCUUCCAUCUUAGUUUCUUAUGUUUGCCUAUGUGGUCCUUUAUAUAUAUAUAUUUUUAUGAUAUCUGCAGAACAAAAUUAUCUUCAAAAAUAAGUUAAUUUAAAUAUUUUUUGCCAUAUCAAAUGCAGAAUGUAAAAAUUAAGUUUAGCCCUUUUCUAGCAGGUGAUAGUUAAAAUUGGAAAUGCUCUUCUUUUAAAUUCACCAAAUUUAUAUGUGGGAAGGCACCAAAAUGAUUUUGUAAGUGCCACUGCAAUAUUCCCUUUCAAGUGUGGCCUAAAUUUCAAUAUUUAGAAUGAACUGCAUGUCUGCUCCUGGUCUGAAAAAUGUGGGCUUUUACUAUGUUUUGAAGCAGUGAAACAUGUACAUUAGCCUAUAAAAAAGAUAUGUGAAAUUUGAGAGCUUGUUAAUUUUCUAUGUAGAGGUAUCUCCACAUGAAAGGGUUAAAUUCACAGCCUUACUAAUUCCUUGCUUCCAGUAUUUCAACUGGUCUCCUCCCCUCAUUAUUAUUACUACCACUACUAUUACUUUUGCACAUAGUUAAGUACCCUUCAACAUGAUCCUUAAAGAAAAAGUGCUGUUUCUGUGGUAUUGUAUUCUCGAAAUAAUCAUAUUUAAUUUUUUUAAACAAGGUUGCAGUUUCUAAUUGUUCUGUUCCUGUGUUUUUUGCUGGUGUGUAAUGAAAGCAAGUUUUUUCUUUUCAUGGUUAUUUAAUACAUUAGCUGCCUGUAAAUAAUUCUUGUUAUAAUGCUCUGGAAUGUGUUGUAGAAGUUGUAUUAGAUUAGUUUAAAGCCUUGUUUGAAAACCACAUUGUUUUGGUUAUUUCUAUUAAAUUAGAAAAUUGAAAAAGUU